AUGCUAUACAAGAAGCUACAAUCCUUGGCUUCGACUGCCGCAGCAGCAUCUCUGCUGUCUGCUACUACUGCACAGGCGGGAAACUGCUCCUCUGGAGGCAUUGCUCCUCCUGUGAUCCCCGAGGGUCGCGUUUUGAGCCUUUCGGCGUCGCCCGUACGGAACUACCAAUCUGAGGACUCGACAUUGAACUUCUGCAAUGUGACCGUUACUUAUACCCACCCGGGUAAGGAUGACAACAUCCACGUCACUGUCUGGCUUCCCCUUUCCGGCUGGAGUGGACGACUUCAAGGCUCCGGCGGUGGUGGGUACGCCAUGAGACACGACGACAGCUACCUCGCAGAAGCUGUGGCGCUGAACUACUCGGUCGUGGCCACAGACGGCGGUCACGAGGCGGUCUCCUCCGUCUCGGAAUCCUGGUCCCUGGACGCCGACAACAACGUGAACAUGGCCCUGCUGGAAGACUUUGCCUCCAUUGGUCUGAACGACGCUGCGCUCAUUGGUAAACAAAUCACCCGCAGCUUCUACGGACACGGCCCGCAGUUCUCCUACUGGAACGGAUGCUCCACCGGUGGCCGACAGGGUCUCAUGCUGGCUCAGCGCUAUCCCACCGCAUAUGACGGCAUCAUGGCCGCGGCCCCGGCCAUCAACUGGCCAAGCUUCCUGGUCGCCGAGUACUGGCCGCAAUUCGUCAUGAAUCAGCUGCAGAACUACCCCGCCAAGUGCGUCACGGACGCCAUCACCAACGCAACCAUCAAGGCCUGCGAUGGCCUCGACGGUGUCACUGACGGCGUCAUCUCCGCCCCGGACCUCUGCCGCUUCAACCCUCUCAAGCUGGUCAACUCCACCGCGAACUGCAACGGUACGCCCGUCAAGAUCACCCGCCGUGACGCCCUCGUCGUCCAAAAGUCCUGGGAGGGUCUGAAAUCCGCCAACGGCUCUUCCCUCUGGUACGGCCUCAACAAGGGCACACCGCUGUCCAUGGGCGCCUCCAGCCUCGCCGGAACCACCUGCGACACGCCCUCGUCCAACUGCAGCGGCUCCCCCUUCAGCAUCUCCGCGGACUGGAUCAGCCGGUUCGUCCUACAAGACCCCUCCAUCGACCUCACCCAGCUCGACCACCACGACCUCGACACCAUCUUCGCCUCCUCCAAGGCCCGCUACAACGCCAUCAUCGGCACCGACAACCCCAACCUUUCGGCCUUCAAAUCCACCGGCGGUAAAAUGAUCACCUGGCACGGUCUCGCUGACCAGCUGAUCUUCCCCAAGGGCACGGAGCACUACUACCGCCAGGCCGAGGCCCUGGACCCCGCCCUGCGCGACUUCUAUCGCUUUUUCCCUGCCCCUGGCGUGAACCACUGUCGGGGCGGCGAGGGGCCUAUCCCCGUGGACCCGUUGAGCGCGGUCGUUAAGUGGGUGGAGCAGGGCGUCGCGCCGGAGUCGAUUGCCGCGAAGGCGAGCGAUGGCCGGCGGAGGAAUCUGUGUCCAUGGCCUCUUGUGUCGGUGUAUAAGGGAGGUGAUGUGAUGGAAGCGGAGAGUUAUGCGUGUGAGGAGAGUUUUUAG